AUGCGAUUUUGUGGUGCCCGAAUUGUGGUCGGUUUGAGCGAUUUCGACUGUGCAAUUGGCAAUGGGAUGUCCACUUCUUCCCAGCACUCGAGCAGAACGUGGCCGAGGUUUGAGGCAGUGGUCUGUGAUCACGGCCUUGAAGCUGAUGUGGUGACAUCCAAUACGGAUGCCAAUCCCGGACGACGCUUCUAUCGUUGCCAAGUCUGGAAGGAGGACGACUGCAAAUUCUUUCGUUGGAUUGAUCCAUCAUUGUCACCGAAUCUAGAGUACUUCUUCAAAAAAUUGAAGAUUGAUAGGGACAAUGUGCAAAAAGCAUUGAGAGAUAGAGUUGCUAAGCAGGAUGCACUUGACGAGAGCCUCCGUUCCAAAACCGCUGAAGUUGAAGCACUCCAAGGCGUUGUCGCAGAUUUGCAUCGUCGAAACCGGAACCUAAAUGUUGUCAUUUGCAUUUUAUGUAUCGUCAUUUGGCUAUUGUCGUAG